CUAAAGAUUUUUGCCGGAAAGAAAUUGAAGAACAUAAGAAGACUCUUAAUGUGAAUGAACCCCGAGAUUAUGUUGAUGCUUUUCUUAUUGAGAUGAGAAAUCAUUCUCCUCGUGAUUCUUGGUUUCAUGAGGAGAACUUGGUCAACUGCCUUGUAGAUAUUUACACUGCAGGGACAGACGCACCAACUAACGUUAUUCUAUGGGCUAUGGUCACACUCCUACACAAACCCAAUCUCCAGCAUCUUCUGUUUCACGAAAUAAACAAUAAAACAAAUUCCAAUGAAGACCUGAGCAACAGAUGGCCAUUACUGAAAGCUUUUAUUCAAGAAAACUUUCGUUUUAACCCACCAGCACCCUUGAGCAUUCCUCAUCAAACUAAUCAAGGUGUUAAACUUGACAAAUACUUCAUCCCAAAAGAUACCAUGAUAAUUUCGAACAUAUACGCAGUCAACCAUGAUCCAAAAAUCUGGAAGAAUCCGUACGAGUUCAACAUUUAUCGUCACAUCGAUACAGACGGAAAGUUUGUUCCUUCAACGAAAGUAAUCGCGUUUGGAAUCGGAUGCAGAUCGUGUCUUGGUGAGAAACUCGGUCGUCUUGAAAUCUUCUACUUUCUUGCUAACAUGAUUAAGAGGUUUGAAAUCCUUCCUGAUCCCGGGAGCAAAGAUCUUCCUCCAAUUAACGAGGGAGGCAACAGCAUUCUUCAUUUGCCAAUCCAUUUUAAAGUUGUUUUCAAACCCCGAGAAAACGAAGAUUAUUUUUCACUAUAAAUUACACCAUGAACCAA